AUGGCUAAUUUCGAGCCUUGCUUGCACUGUGAUGGAAAUGUGACGUCUGAUGGGCCGGAACCGAGCGCGAGGCACGAUGGACUGUGGUGUAUUGGGUUGGAAACACUCGAAAUAAUCGAUAAAAUAAGGGGCGUCGACCUGCUGGAAAUUCUAGCAAGUGAAAAACGAGUGCCAGCGCCUUCAGAGCAGUUGACAGCGCUCCAGAAGUGUGACGAGCGUGAGCUGCAAAGGGCAAAUAGGAAGAGGAAGAGGGGGCUGGCACAGUGGUCGACAAUGAAGCCGCCGCAGCUGCAGAUGCACGACGGCGCAGUGAUGGCGACCCCUGCCGAAGACGAGGAAGAAAGAAAAAUAUGCCAGUCACCAUCUUCUCCUUGA